UCAGAAUUGAUUGAAUUGUGCGCAACAUCCAAGCACUGGUUAAAGUUAACAAUAAUUAAGAAAAGCUAGAUUAUUUCGUCAAAAACUCUAUAAAAGGAAAUUUAUACACUUCGAGAAAAUGAAGCUAAUUGUGUUUAGUCUGUGUUUACUUGGUCUAGUAAGCUGUAGUUUCCAAUGCAGCCCUCCUGGCAUUCCUAACUGGAAACCAUUGAGCAUUGAAGAACGCGCACGUAAAGCACCGUUAGUAAUCAAGGCAUAUCUCGUACAAAGUUUCGCUAACAUUUUAUCGGCUACAACUCCUCGCUCACGACGAUGCUUCCAUGUAACUCAGAUUUAUAAAGGUAGUCUGUACCCAGGAGAUCAUAACUAUAUAUGUGCUGAAAGGUUUGGAGAUGGCGCUCAAUGUUUGUCAGACGUGUCGUAUGGUCAGCCAUAUAUUAUCUUCCUGAAUAAAAUAAAGAAUAGUUAUGUAGCACGUUAUGACGAUAUACAUUCAGCUGUUGUCCGGUUUGAUCAAAUUUCAUUGCAAGAAGAAUUAAGAAAAGGUCUCUGCUGUCCUUCUAAUAGAGGUGAGUAAAGCAGUAUAUACUUCUUUAAUAAUUCCCACACUCGUGGCCCGCCAAUGCCACUAUCAGCACAACGACAUGCGGCUAUAGGCCUGAUCGUUUACGAGUCAUUAGUAAAUAGAUAUUUAUUUAACUUGCUUCAAGCCGCGACUAAAAUAAAUCCAGGGGAAGAAUUAGAAAACUACAGCCACUAAGUCGAAACUGUCAAAAACAAGUCGCGAGUGACGCGUUGUAAGUUAAUUGUCUGCAUACGUACGUUAUCACAGAACAGACUACACAGAAGCCCGACUUCGUGGUUUUUCCUUUCAAUUCGUCAUCAAAAUGCUGACGCCAUGGGCCUAGCCCAGAGGGCCUAGGCAGUGCGCGUUUGAGAGGCGUGGAAGUGGUUACUAGAGUCGACAUUCUGUUAUUGUAUAUCUUUGUUCUGUGACGUUAUGCCCUGCCGUAGUCUAAAUAAAUUAAUUAAACUUGUCUAAACCAACCAUUGGGCUGCGACGUAUUUUCGCUGCUAUAAAUAAAGUAAUAAAUGAUGCGAAUGUUUAAGUUUGUAUGUUGAAAAUGUCGUACUCAUCCUUUCUUAGUGUACGAACAGUUAAAUUACAGAGAAAUCCUCAGAGAUAUGAAAAACUAGUUUCAUAUUAUUCUGGUACUGCAAAGAACAACGAAAAAUUCGUUGCCUUAAUAAUAGGUAAUUCCAGCUAUGGACUAAAUUUUGAUCUAGGAAAGAAGAACAAAAUCCAACACCACAGCUAGAAAGAGCAUGCUAAAAUUAGUAAAAUUGCAAAUGGUUGCGAAAUGUUGUAAAAUGCGGAAAACAUAGCCCUGCGAAAUUUGCAAAUUUUGUAUGAAUUUCUAUUACGCGCGGGAAAAUGCACCACAUUAAUACAAAUUAAUACAAAAUUUGAAAAUUUCGUAGGGCUAUAUUUUCCUCAUUUUACAACAUUUCGCAAUCAAACUUUGCAAUUUUACUAAUUUUAGUAAGAUGCUCUUUCUAGCUGUACAUGUGGUGAUGGAUUUUGUUCUUCUUGCCUAGAUCAAAAUUUAGCCGUUUAUAGCUGGGAAUCAUCCAUUGAACAGAAUUCAAACUUUCUAGACCGUGGGUCAAAUUGACUUCAUUACUUAAUAAUGCACUAUUAAUUACCUGAUCAUGCAUGUAUUUGCCAAUAUGGCGAACUAAUCAAGUAAUGCUUCAUGGGAAUUUCUUUUUUUUAAAUUCAUAGAUUGUAAUAAACAACUUCCGUGUAGUCGCAAUGGAUGUGGAGUUACACUAUGUGAUUGUGGACUUCGCCCAAAAGGUAAAUGUUAUCCUAAUUAAUGCAUGUUUCAUCAUAUGGGUGCAUUCUCUUCUCAUUGCUUUGGGAACCGUUCUCCAAGGCCCAUGCUAUCUACAUUUUAUUCGCGAAGUGCAUACAUUUUGUUGUCUAUUAAGUCUGGUUUCCAUAUGGUCGUAAAAAUAGAGUCACGAUCUUUCUCAACGGCCAGUUUACAAUAGUUUAUACCUGUAAACCACAUAUAAAUCAUGAUUAUUCUCUAGUUAUACUCACUCCGCAUAUUUUCAGUUCUAAAAUGUUGUAUUUCGGCUGAUCGUUACGACCGUUACGACCAUUUGGUACCCCCAGGCUUUAUAGCCUAUAAAACGAAUAGGAUCGUCACAUAAUUUAUUUUUAUUUUGGUGUCAGUUCAGUACAAACCUGUAAGAGUUGUCAUUAUACAUAUUCGGAGUGACCGACAGACUGUUGUUUUCGAAAAUCGAAAUAAAAUCGUUGACAAUAUAUAUAUAUAUAUAUAUAUAUAUAUAUAUAUAUAUAUAUAUAUAUAUAUAUAUAUAUAUAUAUAUAUAUAUAUAUAUAUAUAUAUAUAGAGAGAGAGAGAUAUAUAUAUAUAUAUAUAUAUAUAUAUAUAUAUAUAUAUAUAUAUAUAUAUAUAUAUAUAUAUAUAUAUAUAUAUAUAUAUAUAUAUGCAAUUUCUUACCAAAUUACACAAUUGUAUAGAGAAACGAUCGAGGGCUUACCGGUGCAUCGACUGGUAUCCCGGGGGUGAUAAGCCCCUAUGUAUUAUACUUGAUGUGGUUUGUUAAAUUUUCUGCAGGCUCAACACCUGGAAUACCUGGAAAACCUGGCCCACCAGGAAGCAAUUGAUACAGGAGCAUCAAUUUUUGGUAAACUAUUGCUAGUAUUCCUAGGUUAACCGGACUUUUUUAUGAUCGUAUAGACAAGAUUAUAGCAUGUAGUUUACUAAUGACCAUAUUUAUUUAACAAAUGGAAGAAAACCUGGUCCACCGAGCAGCAAAGCAAUACAGGAACAUGUAUUUAUAGAUAAAUGUUAACUGAACCUUUUAUAAUAUCUAAGAUUAAAAAACUAUAACAACUUAUACUGUGUUUGCAUAAUUAUACUAAUGUGUUUGUCUCAGUAAUGAAUGAAGAACAGUCAUUUGGAACUGACCUCUAAUUGCAAUUAUAAACCUCCUUCUCGGUUUAUAACUCUAACUAAAUCGGUCAAAUACCGUCAACAUUUUUUGUCUGAAUGGUGUAAGUUUUCGCCUUUUAAAACUUCAGGCCAGAAAUUUGUACUUUAAAUUCACUAAAUUAAGGAAUUAACAAAUAGAUAAG